UCUUCUAGGAUCCUUCUGUUACGCAGGUGACAAGAAAUAUUCCUCCAGGGCUAGAUGAGUACAAUCCUUUCUCUGAUUCAAGAACACCUCCUCCAGGAAAUGUGAAGAUGCCUAAUGUGCCCAGUACCCAGCCAGCAAUAAUGAAACCAACAGAAGAACCACCUGCUUACACACAAAUCUCAAAGGAGCAUGCGUUGGCCCAGGCAGAAUUGCUCAAGCGUCAAGAAGAAUUGGAGAGAAAAGCUGCAGAACUAGAUCGCAGAGAAAGGGAAAUGCAGAGUCUCAAUCAGCAGGGGGGUAGAAAAAAUAACUGGCCACCUCUUCCUGAGAAUUUUCCAGUAGGUCCUUGUUUUUACCAGGACUUUUCUGUAGACAUACCUGUAGAAUUCCAGAAGACAGUAAAGAUUAUGUACUAUUUGUGGAUGUUCCAUACAGUGACACUGUUUCUUAAUAUCUUUGGAUGCUUGGCCUGGUUUUACGUUGAUGCUUCACGAGGGGUUGAUUUUGGAUUGAGUAUUCUGUGGUUCUUGCUUUUUACUCCUUGCUCAUUUGUCUGCUGGUACAGACCACUUUAUGGAGCUUUCAGGAGCGACAGUUCAUUCAGGUUCUUCGUGUUCUUCUUUGUAUAUAUCUGUCAGUUUGCUGUACAUGUGCUUCAAGCUGCAGGAUUUCAAAGAUGGGGAAACUGUGGGUGGAUUUCAUCUCUUACCGGUCUUAAUAAGAGUAUCCCUGUUGGCAUUAUGAUGAUAAUCAUAGCUGCACUUUUCACAGCAUCUGCUGUUAUCUCAUUAGUUAUGUUCAAAAAGGUGCACGGUCUCUACCGCACGACUGGCGCGAGUUUUGAGAAAGCACAGCAGGAGUUUGCCACAGGAGUGAUGUCCAACAAAACUGUCCAGACUGCUGCAGCCAACGCCGCAUCGACAGCAGCCACCAGCGCGGCCCAAAACGCCUUCAAGGGCAACCGGAUGUAGGGAAGCGCGAGGUCAUCGCAACUCUCUGCAGUUCUGCUUCGUUCUCCAGUCACUUACUAUAUUCCCUGAAAGCCUAGAUCAGAAUUCACACAGCAUGUUUGUCUCUUCCACAGCUGUGCAUGGGUAAAAUGGGAAAUGGUUUAUUUUAUUUUAAAUCUAUUUAUUUUAAGAAGGUAACCAUUCUUUGCCCUUCUUUAAGGUGUUGCAUUCUAGAACAUAAAACCUUCCGUAUUUUAUGGAGGAUAAAUAAUUUCAGUAAUUGGUCUGAGAAUGGUGUAUAAUGAUCAAAUAAAUGUAUUA